UCCAUAAACUAAUGAGGAUAGCAAAAAACACAGACAAAGCAGCUAGUCUCCAGAUCUUGUCUUGAGCUCUUAGCAGCCCAAAUGGCGUACUCCAACUACCAUGACCCAAAAACCCUAAAUUCAAGCUCUUGCUCACCCAAUGUCCUUAAUUGGAUCAAAGAUGUGAACAAGCCUGAACCACCAUUUCAAAAUGAAAUUGUAUUUUUGGAUCGUUUAAACAAAGAUUGUCAUGAUGGCGAGAACGACGAUACAGCUUCAGUAGAUUCAAUGCUGUGUGUUUCGGGUUCAAGGUUGGUCCGAACUGGGUUAACGAAGACGAAUUGCGGAGAGGACAUUAUAAAGUUUGUAAAUGCUGGAGGAGAUGAGCCUGUAAUAGAAGGAGGAGGUUCCAAAAUACUUAUUAUUCCCGAUUUCGCUUUCGAGGGAGGGGAUGUAUUAAGAACUGAUGAAAGUAUAAUUGAUGGUGGUGAUUUUGAGUCUCUUUAUCAGUCAGCUCGGUUUGGGAAUUUCUGUUACCGGCUUGACAACCUCUCCACCGGAGACUAUUUAGUCGAUCUUCAUUUCGUGGAGAUAGUAAACACGAAUGGGCCUAAAGGGAUUAGGGUUUUUGAUGUUUAUAUGCAGGAAGAGAAGGUUGUAUGUGGACUUGACAUUUAUUCUAUUGUUGGAGCCAACAAGCCGUUACAGUUGGUGGAUUUUAGGGUUGCUGUUGGGGAUGAUGGGGUGAUUGUUAUUCGAUUUGAAGGAGUUGAUGGAUUUCCAGUAGUUAGUGGGAUUUGUAUUAAGAAAGCACCAAAAUUACAUGCAUCUCAGGAGAAAGAAGGUUGUGUCAUAUGUAACAAUUGUGCUGUUGAGAUAAAAGUUACUUCAGAUCAGAGUAAAGGUAUGAGAAUGAGAUCUACAGCCAAAUAUGAAAAGAAAAUAGAGGAGCUAAGCACCCGGUGCCAGCUCAAGACAGAUGAAUGCUAUGAGGCAUGGAUGUCACUGACAAGUGCAAACAAGCAACUAGAGAAGGUUAUGAUGGAGCUUGACAACAAAUCUUUCCAAAAUCACUGUCUAGAUCAAGCUAUGGUCAAACAAGCAGCAAAGAUGAGGGAUGUUUCCAGAAGGUAUGAACAUGACAAGAGGUUAUGGGUGGCAGCCAUUGAUGAAUUCAGAAGAAAAAUUACGACCAUGAAGGACGAGCAUUCUCAGCUCUCCCGUGAAGCACACGAAUGCGCUGAUUCAAUUCCCGAAAUAAAUAAGAUGAUUUUUGCAGUUCAAGCACUGGUUGCGGAGUGUGAUGAUCUUAAAUUGAAGUACAAUGAGGAGCAAGGGAAGAGGAAGAAGCUUUAUAACCAAAUUCAGGAAGCAAAAGGGAACAUCAGGGUAUUUUGCAGGUGUCGCCCAUUAACUAAAGAGGCGGCAUCAUCUGGGUGUGCAACAGUUGUAGAUUUUGAUGCGGCUAAGGAUGGAGAGCUUGGGAUACUUACAGGCCCUUCUGCGAAGAAAAUAUAUAAAUUUGACCAGAUUUAUAGCCUAAAGGAUGAUCAAGUUGAUGUGUUUGCGGAUGCUUCGCCUAUGGUGAUUUCAGUAUUAGAUGGCUACAAUGUAUGUAUAUUCGCAUAUGGGCAAACAGGGACGGGAAAGACUUACACGAUGGAGGGUACUGAGCAGAACCGAGGAGUCAAUUAUAGGACUUUGGAGCUCCUGUUUAAACUGGCUGAAGAAAGGAAAGAGACUUUUACAUAUAGCAUAUCUGUCAGCGUGCUUGAAGUUUACAAUGAGCAAAUCAGGGACUUGCUUGCCACCUCACCUGCAUCGAGGAAGUUGGAGAUAAGGCAAGCAUCUGAAGGGGUUCAUCAUGUGCCAGGAAUUGUUGAAGCUAAAGUUGAGAACAUUAAAGAAGUGUGGGAUGUUUUGAAGGCUGGAAGCAAUGCAAGAGCUGUAGGAUCAAACAAUGUGAAUGAACAUAGCAGCCGAUCUCACUGCAUGCUUUGCAUAAUGGUGAGAGCGAAGAAUUUAAUGAAUGGUGACUGCACAAAGAGCAAGCUUUGGCUUGUGGAUUUGGCAGGGAGUGAGAGGCUGGCAAAAACUGAAGCGCAGGGAGAACGGCUCAAGGAAGCUCAAAACAUCAACCGAUCACUUUCAGCUCUUGGAGAUGUCAUAUCUGCUUUGGCGGCCAAAAGCAGCCACAUACCAUACAGAAACUCGAAACUCACACAUUUACUUCAGGAUUCACUAGGGGGUGAUUCCAAAACGCUGAUGUUUGUGCAAAUCAGCCCUUCAGAGCAGGACUUGGGAGAGACUCUAAGUUCACUAAAUUUUGCAACUCGGGUUCGAGGGGUUGAGUUAGGUCCUGCAAAGAAACAUGUUGAUACAGUUGAGCUUCAAAAGUUGAAGUUGCAGCUUGAUAAAGCAAAGCAAGAAUCCAGAUCCAAAGAUGAAGUCUUACAGAAGUUACAAGAGAAUUUUCAAAACUUAGAGGCUAAAUUGAAAAGCAAGGACCAGAUUUACCGAAAUCAACAGGAAAAGCUUAAUGAUCUCGAAGGCCAGUUUGAGUCAAAAACCGAGUUGUGCAGACAGCUGGAGAUGCGAUUCUUGGAGCUUUCAGAAGUAUUGAAGGGGAAGGAAGAUACUUGUUCAACUCUUCAGAAAAAGGUCAAUCAGCUUGAGAACAAGAUGAAAGAGCAUGAGCAUGUGGAGUCCAAGGUUCUUCAACACAAGCAGGUCAAGGAGCUUGAAAAUAAGUUGAAAGAGAGCAAACAAGAAUCUGAGCUUCAGUCAAUGAUCCUUCAGAAAAAGAUUAAGGAACUUGAAAACAAACUGAAAUUGCAUAGAAACAACUUGGAAUCUCAGAAGCUCCAUGACAAGAUUAAAGAGCUCGAAGAAAAGUUGAGACAGCAAGAACAAGAGGGAGAAAAUAUGCCGGUGUGUUCUUCUCAAAACUCAAAAGCCACUCCAAAAGUGCGCAAAAGCUGGUCAACACCAGAAGCUAUAACUGACACAGAUCCCCGGAGUCUGAGGGCCCUUAAAUCCAGUAACCGCUCGGUUAACCAGGGGUCUGUCUUGCUCAAAGGAACCGACUCCCUGCGCGAGUUAAGGCGGAAAAGGGAUAACCAAAGCAAAGGGAUCGAGAACAAUUUCUCAUUGUCCUGUCCCUUUGUUGAGAGGAAGUUAUUGCCAACCGAAACGAAUGGUAAGACUAGGCAUAUUGACCCAUCUAAAGCAUUUGCAAGGGUUAUAAGAACUACGAAACCAUUGCCUACUGCUCAAAGGCUCAUUUCCAGUAGCAGAUUUAACAGAUGACAAGUCAGUGUCAAGGAGGGUGACAGCAACAUGAUAUUGGCAUUACUUACGGCUCAAAAGUUCAUUUCCAGUAGGCAGAAGAGCAGGGUCAAGGAGAGUGAUAGCGACAUGAUAUUGGUGGAAUCCCUUUUGUCACUUUGAUCCUCGUUAAUUCUGAGUUCUUGUAUCAUACUUUUUUUUUCCCCCGAAAAUGUUAUUGUUCAUAAUAUACAAAAUGCUGAAAUGUAGAGUGGCUUUGAGGGAUAGAAUUAGUGUUGAUGAGUGGAGUGUGUUAGGCGGUCGAGGUUAGACCAAGCUAUGUUGAUGCUUUGUAAUUCUUUUGGUUGUUGAAUAAAGUUUUUCUA